AGUACACAUACAAACGAGGCUAAUUGCUCGGAGGCACUCAAGCCUGGCUAAAUGUUAACUGAACUGAACUAACGUUUGAUGGUAGAGAGGCUAAAUCCGUAGGCAGUAAUUGGUGUCGAGGCUUACAGGAUGGCCACCAUUGAACCCUGGGCAUGGGUUGUGUUAUUUGCAGCAUUUAUGAACAUGUUUUUAAAUGGUUCCCUUUCAUACUCUGUAGGGGUCAUUCAUAUAGCAUUGUUAGAGACGUAUCCAGAAGAAAAUGUCAAUACAAUAGCUUGGCUAGGAUCUCUAUUUUCAUGCGCGUUUGCCUUGUUGGGGUUUAUUGGUAGUACUGUUAUCAAUAUCUUCAAUGUUCGAACUUGUGUUAUACUAAGUGGACUGAUGAGUUUGGCUGGUUUUGGUUUGAGCAGUUUAGUAACAGACGUAAAACAUUUAUUCAUAACAUUUGGGUUAAUAGCAGGUUGUGGACAAGCUAUGGCCUUGACUGGAUCUAUGGUUGUUGCGGGAUAUUACUUUAAGGAGAGAACAGGAAUGGCUACGGGAAUUGUGACCAGCAGUGCUGGGGUAUCAUUAUUUGUGUUUCCUCCGCUUACUCAGUAUCUUAUAGACACUUAUACUUUACAAGAAACAUUUCUCCUACUAGGUGCUAUUGGAUUUCAUUCUGUAAUCUGUGGAGCAUUGAUGCGACCAACACAAUUUGAAAUCAAAUCAAAGUUUUGUCCAAAUUGUAAAGAUUCCAACGGAACGUCGACUGAAAAGAUCAAAGUUUCAUCUAAAUUGGGUUCAUUAUUAUCUUUACCGUAUAUGUUCCUUUUGGUUAGUUCAGUGGCAUUUGGUGUCGGUUUGUCCACAGUUUAUCUUUUUCUUCCCCACUUCUUCAAACAAUCAGGUUCUGCAACUCAGGAGAUAGCAUUUAGUUUAUCUUUUAUGGGAUUUGGCGGAUUUAUUUCUAGGAUUUUACUUGGAUUCCUGACCAACACGACAGAUGCAACACUUUUGUACGGAAGUACAUUUGGAAUUAUAGGAAUGAUAACGUUAUUUUUGAAUAAAGUGACAUCUGUGGGUAGCAAGAUAGCUUAUUCAAUUAUAUUUGGCCUUUAUACGGGUGGUUGCUGGACUCUACAACAUGCUAUAUUAGUUGAAAUUGUUGGUUUAUCUAAAUUAUCGACAGGUUAUGGUAUAAAUAUGUUGAUGAGUGGCAUUGGUUAUUUGAUAGGGCCACCUUUAUUGGAAUUAAUGGCACUGAACUUUAAUGAUGAGUAUUUAGUAUUUGUUUGUGCUGCUCUAGUGUUAUUAUUGGCGUCAUCUAUGGGUUUUGCGAUAAGACUGGUGAAGAAAUCCGUAGUACUUCAUUCAUCUACAGAUGAACAGGUUGUUGUAGGUGACAAGGACAUUAAACAAGAGUUGAUUGAAAAUACGAAUUUACGACAAUUUGAAAUAGUCAUAGAUGAUCUAGAUACCUGUGAAUCUGAACAGUUUAUCAGUUCGACGGAAGCAGAACAUUGCAAUAUCCAGUCAGAUAAAACACAAAUUAGGUGAUAUAACAUUCGUUUAUUGACAUCUUAUCAUAACCAUUCCAACGACGGUCGAAUAGCAAGGGGUGCUGCACUUUAGACUGGCCAUAGACCUUAUAAAUAUCAAUAACAACAAUAUUACUAGUAAUACAUUUACUGGUCCAUCUAUGAGUUUUGAAAACAAGGGUCACAAACCUGUAAGUCGUUGGUGAAAUUAUAAAAUACGGACGAACAAAGAUGAUACCGCCAUAUGGGGGUAUAGAGAUGAAAAAUGAACAACGGUAAAAAUA